AACCGCUCGCCUUGGUCGCCGGUCGCGCGUAAUUUAAAAAAGUUUAUGUUCGAAGACACUAAGAAAAAAAAUUCGCUGAGCUCUAUUUUCGAAUUUUGUGUUACAAAAAUGAGUGAUGUGUAAACAAAGUUACGUUCUACAGUGACAAAGUUUUUAAAACAUCACUGAAAUUAAAAAUACACCGGCAAAUAUUGAAGAAUGGAGCGGCCAGGGACGAGCGGUGAGCGAACGCCUCUAGUGCAGCCCACAUACGUCUUCGAAUCCAGCAUAACACGACGCUAUAGAAAGCGAUUGAGGAACUGCCAGUGCGCCAUCUGCGUUUCUUUACUAGUCCUCCUCAGCAUCAUUCUCCUCGUUACUGUCUCCUACAACCUCGCAGACGACUUCAGCGGAGACAACCUUGACAACAACACUAUACUACCCGUCGUCAUCCCGGUUGCGAACGGCUCUACGCAGAACAUGGUUGGCAACCUGACACUUGGGAUGGCGGGUGGCAACCUGACACUUGGCAUGACCGUUGGCAAUCUCACAAGCUUCGGGAAUAGAACGGUGUAUAAUCUGACAUCGAUAGAACCUAAUUUACUGCCUAUUAUGAAUAAAAAAUGGCCUUUAGAAGAAACCCCCUCAGCGCCCUGGCCAACAACGCCCCCAGCUGCCAACAUAACCGACGCCGUGACCCGCGGCAACGCCGCACUGGCCGCACAGCAGCGCGCCGAAGCGGCGCGGACGGCAUUAGGGCGAAAUACACCGGCGCAUCGCGCGCAACGCGCGGCUGCCACCGCGGCUGAUGUGAAACCGAUGGCUGACGCGGCAUACGCAGCUGAGGAGGCGACUAAAGUGCUUGUCAACGGCUCCCCCCAUCGUGGCGGCAGCAUCGGCCGCGGUCCAGCCACCAACGGCCACUUCCAAGAGCCAGCAUACUGCAGAGAUACCACCCCUGUCUGUCCUGCUAGCAAGUUUAGGAGCCAAGAUGGAAGCUGUAACAACUUGGCUAACCCACUACUAUGGGGCGUGUCUAGGACACCGUUUAGAAGAGUUCUACCUGCUGAUUAUGGAGAUGGAAUCAGCUCUCCACGAAGAGGCGUCAACGGGACAGCUCUCCCAAGCGCCCGGGAUGUCAGCCUCACAGUCCACAGACCUAGCUACGCUCAUGACAUCUCCUUUACAGUCAUGCUGGCUGUUUGGGGACAGUUCAUAGACCAUGAUAUAACCGCCACUGCUCUUAGCAAAGGGGAAAAUGCCACUGCGCUCUCCUGCUGUGACCCAUCGCAACCUCCCCACCCUGCUUGCUUCCCAGUACCACUGGACGUGGAAGACCCUUUCUACCAAGACUACCAUGUCACUUGCAUGGAGUUUGUGCGGUCAGCCCCGGCACCGACUUGUCAUUUCGGUCCUCGAGAACAAAUGAACCAAGCCACAGCCUACCUCGACGCUUCAACCGUCUACGGGUACUCACCAACCCGCGCCUCUCAACUGAGGACCUUCUCCGGAGGGCUUCUUCGAAUGCUGGUGGUUGAAGGAAGGGAACUACUACCACAGUCAUUAGAUCCCAACGAUGGCUGUAACACGGAAGAGAUGAACGCUAAGGGGCGGUACUGUUUUGAGACAGGGGAUGACCGAGCCAACGAGAACCUCCACCUCACCACCAUGCACCUUCUCUGGGCGCGCCAGCACAACCGGCUCGCCAAGAUCCUGUCAACUCUCAACCCGAGCUGGGACGACGAACGGCUCUACCAAGAAGCCAGGAAGAUAGUGGGCGCUCAGAUGCAGCAUAUCAGUUAUAAUGAGUUCCUGCCACUAGUAUUAGGGAACGACGUGAUGUGGGCCCUGAACCUGUCCCUAGUGCCAACGGGCCACUCCAGCUCAUACAGCCCUCGUGUAGACGCUUCCAUGGCCAACCACUUCUCCGCUGCCGCCUUUAGAUUUGCACAUACUUUGCUACCGGGUUUAAUCCAUUCCUUCGACGCAGACACUGGCUCAGUGGACUACAUCCACCUUCACGAGAUGUUAUUCAACCCCUACAUGCUGUAUCGGGAGACGGGACCAAGGAAAUCUGUCUUUUCUGCCAUGAACACCCCAGUCCAUGGUGUAGAUCCUCAUGUGACCGAUGAGCUAAGCAACCACCUGUUCGAGCGGCCCACCACUGCCAUCACCACCAACACCACCAACAGCUCCCUCCCCGCGCACCCCUGCGGCCUCGACCUCGUCUCCCUCAACAUCCAGCGAGGGAGGGACCACGGGCUACCUCCAUACCCAGCAUGGAGGGAACACUGUGGGUUCAAGAGGCCUAGGAGCUUUGGAGAGCUGAGGGGAGUGCUGAAUGAAGUGUCUUGGACAAGAAUCAGUACUAUUUACAGCCACGUAGAUGAUAUAGAUCUCUAUACUGGUGCUUUGGCUGAAGAACCGAACGGCAGACUAUUAGGACCUACCCUGACCUGCCUCAUCGCUGACCAGUUCUUGAGGAUCAAGGUUGGAGACCGGUUUUGGUACGAGACUGAGGAUGAGUCUGCUGGCUUUACUAUCGAACAACUGACAGAGAUCCGGAAAACUACACUCGCAGGGGUGAUCUGCGCGAACGAACAACUAUUGGCUCAAGCGCAGCCACGAGUCAUGGAGCUUGUAGGGGAAACCAACCCGUUGGUAGCUUGUACGGAACUGCCGCAGCCUGCUUGGGACCCAUGGAAAGAAUAAUUUGACAUUAGGCAAUUCGUUAUAAUUCCUGACUGUAGAUAUUCUUAAAGGAUGUCACAUAAAGAAGAUAGUUUAAGGAUUACUCAAACUAGAAUGGUAAGGAUUGAUUCGCCAAUUUAUAUAGAAAAAGUGCCUUGUAAAGAAAAAGUCGUUAUAGAAAAUAGGUUUUGACAUGGCCUGUCCCAAUCCGUUCUAGCAUGAGUCAUCCUUUAAAUGGUUACCUAAUUAUAAAACCAACCAAAGUAUGUAGCUACAUUAAUUCUGAAAUUUUAAGAACAUCCAGAAUUUUUAAAUUUUGGGAUAAAUGCUUACCUAUUCCUUGCAGAAGCUAAAGAGAUUAUAUAUUUUUUCGAAUGGUCUCUGAUUAUCGAACAAAAGAUUUAUAACAUUUUGAAGGCACUUUAUCAAAUAUCAAAUAUCUUUAUUUUGCAUAAAUAAAAAACUAAUAAAUAAAUAAUAAAUAAAUAAAUAAAUAUUUCACCAGCAGCUGGCAUGCAAAAAACACAAACAUAAUAUAUACAACUCUAGUUUUCUAAGCGAAAUUUUGUAGGUACAUGUCAAUUAUUAUAAUUCCCAAGCUAAUAAAUAUUCAAUAUGUCAUACUUAAACUAAUUUCAAAUUACAAUUGUCUUAGUCUAUUAAUUAUAUGUAAAGUAGUCAAAAAAUUCAUCAAUUGAAUAAAAACAGUACAAUUUAGAGUACAUUAAUUAGAUUUACAUUCUGUACAGUGCUAAAAAUAAAAAAUAAAUGAUUUUGUAAACAUUGAAAGUUCCUUGAAUUUAUAUUCAAAUUGGAGGAUAUGAUACUUGUAAUUUAUUUAAUCGUAUGGCAUACACAAAAAAACAGGCAGUUAUAUGAAUGUCAAAGAAUACACAUUAAAAUACAAUUACAAUUUAAACUAAAUGUCAAUAUUCAGUGCGCUCAGCCACGCAAUUGCGUCGGGUGUUAGGCGCAGCAGAUCUUCUGGUGAUCCCGAGUAUGAGUGCAGAGGGCAUCGCUGAAUUAUAUGCUCCAUUAUAGUUUGGACUUCUUCGCCACACUCGCACAUUGCAGAGUCUUUCCAUCCCCAUUUGUGCAGACAGUAAUUGCAGCGACCGUGACCCGUUCUCAGUCUAUUUAAGCGACACCACAAUUUCUGGGGGAGGUUGAAACCUAAUGGUUUAGAAGUCGGAUCUAUGUGGGAUCCAGCAGAAGCAGUAGUCCAUUCAGUUUUCCAUGCUUCAGUCACAUUGAAACCAAUUUAAAAUUUGUCCAUACUUGUAAUAGUAAAUCGAUAUGUAUUUGAAGUCGACCUUCGUUGUCCGCAUUCCACACAUUGCACUGUAGUAGGUAAGUGUUUGACAACAGAUUGUGGUUGGCGUCAGGACAACUUAAAAUCAGGAAGCCGACGACACGAUGUAAUAAACAGAUGAUUUUUAUUGUCAUCCACUUCGAAUAGGAACCAACAGACACUGCCAUGAAAGUAUCUCACUACAGUAUAAAUUAGUGGUGGGCCAAAGGCCCGCGGGUCAUAUCCGGCCAUGGAAAGGAUCCAGCCCUCCGCCAGUCCUUCAAAAUAGUAAUAAAUGGCCAGCUCCACACUAGAAAUGAAAUUUUUGUCUCGCUACAAAAAAAGACAAAACCCAUCGCUUUAAUUGGUAACCCUUUAAAACCCCCUUUUAAACCUGGCCCUCUAAGCUUCUUUCAAUUUCGGUCCCCAAUGAAAAAACUGCCCACCACUGCUAUAGAUGUAAGGAUAAGUGAUAAUUAUCAGUAUAUACUCGCAAAAACUUUAAGAAGCUACUAGAUUAAACACCAUUGCGAAUUUAUUUCUUAAGACUGGGUUAAGUUUUUUAUUAUGAGAAGUAAGCUAAGCACAGAAAGAACACCAACCACUGGUAUAUUUUUUCGCCCACAUUUUUCUGUAAAAAAAAAUAAUUAAAUAGGUAAUAUAUUCUAGUACCUACAUAGGUCAACGAGGCUUGAAUUUCUAUUUACUUACGUUGUAAUUUAUGUAAUUAUACUAUUGUAAAUUUAUAUAACUAAUAACUUAUAAAAUUAUAAGUUUUUUAAUUUUAUAACCAAAUCGAAUCGGUAUUAUCUACCAAAUUAUGUUCCUAUGCUUAGAGAAUAAAUAUGACAAAUACUUAUAAUAAACCCAUUUGUA